AUACCGCCGGUUCCUUCAUCUCUUCCCCGAGAGACAGUUCGGUAUAAAAUAAAUUUAGAACGGAAAAGACUCCUCUUUUCUGCGCACUUCGAGGCAGUUUCGACCCCAUCGGAACGUCGUCGUUGUCAUCCUCUUUUGUCUUUCGGUCGAUCUCGUUCUCGUUCGAUUAGGAAUAAGGACUGAAGGAUGGCAGAUAAUGAGGAGGGAGAGCAAAAUGCCUCACGUGGGACCGAAUGGGAAGUUGUGUCACUUUCAGCAUCAGCAUAUGCUGCUGCCCCUGGCCCAAAAGAAGUUGAACUGAAGGAUGAUGACAGUGGUAAUGUUUACCAAGAGGAUGAUGCUGCAGAAAUAUCUCGUGCUUUGUUCAUGUCUGGUCAUUUUGUUUUUCCACCUAGUCAGCAUGAGAAUUUGCCAUUGGAACCUGAUGACAGUGAGAUUCAUAAGAAACAAGGAGGUAAGGAUGUGGUAUCUGAAUUUGAUAUCAUAGAAGCUGGUAGAUCCAGUGGAAAGGAUGAUGAGAAUUUGACCUUUAAAGGUUUAACUGGUCCAGACGAGUUCCCAGGAGUACAGUUUUUUGAUGAAAAGGGUUGUACGUUAUCCAUCCAUGGUACAGAUUUUGAAGACGGCACUACUCUCCAAGGAUUAAAUUUGAUCGAAAAGGAGCAAAGUAUAUAUAACGAAGUCACAUAUGGUUCUUUACACUGUGAGACAGGUCUUGGUUCAACUGCAUAUGGUGAGAACAUGGCCAUUCCUGGACUAAAUGAGCAAGGCUUGGAUUUUUCUCCAGACAUUCCAUUGUCUCCAGUACCUGCAAAAGAGCAGAAGCAUGAUGAGUGUGACCUUCCUUGCGGAGCUUGGUGGAAGAGAAGGGCUGCUUCCCUGUAUGCUCAUGCAAAAGAGGCAAAUACAUUUUGGUCUAUUUUCAUUGCUGCAGCUGUGAUGGGUCUUGUCGUACUUGGGCAGCAAUGGCAGCAGGAAAGGUGGCAGGCUUUGCAACUCAAGUGGCAGAUCAGCAUUAACGAAGAGAGGAGGGGCAGGAUGCUGGGUCCCAUAUAUCGACUUAAGGAUGUGAUAGUUGGCGGUCACCGCCAUGGUUCCCUGAUCAGGGGCAGCUCCUCAAGUGAGGCCUAAGAUGAUGACGAAAAGGCUAGAAAGAUAGAUAUGUUAGGAUUGAAGUGCUAGUUUGUUGCUGAGUGUGGUUCCACGUAUUUUUCUAAUGACAAGCUCAUGGUAAAUAUGUGAGUCUGAUAUUGUUCUGUACUUUGAUGGUACUCUCUUUUUUCCCUUCUUUUUUCUGUUUUGAUUUGUGUUGUAUAGUUUUGGGAAAUCAUAUAUCUUCUCAAAAGUUAAGUUGCUUAUGAAUUUUCAGCACGAAAAGAAAGGAAAAUAAAAAGUCGUAAAUUUUCCUUUG